UAAUUUAAAAAUUGUAUAGCUACUCGGUUGCUUGCAACAAUGGUUGAUUAUAAGAAAUGGGAUCAUAUUGAGGUAAGUGAUGAUGAAGAUGAAACUCAUCCUAAUAUUGAUACCCCAAGUUUGUUCAAAUGGAGACAUGAGGCUCGUAUACAAAAAAUGGGUGACCUCCAAUCAAAAAAAGAUCAGUUGCAAAAGAGUAUUGAAGCAAAUAAUGAAAAAAAACAGACAAUGACAUCCAAAUUAGAAGAAGCAAAAAAAAAAAAUGAUACUGAACAAAUUAAAGUUUUAGAAAAAUCAUUAAAUGAUGUCUUGUUAGAGGAGAAAAAUUUAUUGGAUCAGAAAAAUUACUUGAUAAAAGAAGAGAAGGCAAUGCCAUUAAACGUUGACACUUUAAGUCAACCAGGAUUUUCUAAAACAAUCAUAAAUAAACCUCAAGUAAAAAAAGAAGAGCUGUCUGAAGAGGAAAAAAUGGAGCGAUCGAAAAAGUUUAUGGAAGAAAACAAAGCAGAUAUAAAAAAAUAUGGUAUGUUACAUGAAUAUCACGAUAGCGAAAGUAUGCUGUUGAAAAAUCCACAUUUGGCAUGUGAAGACACUGCUAAUUACUUAGUUGUCUGGUGUAUAGACUUAGAAGUUGAAGAAAAACAUGCUUUGAUGGAAAGAGUGGCACAUCAAACUAUUUGUAUGCAAUUUCUUUUGGAGUUAGCUAAACAACUAGAAAUAGAUCCCAGAUCAGCAAUAAAAAGUUUUUUUCAAAAAAUGCGUAAAGCUGAUGAAACUUAUGAUAAAGGUUUUAAAGAUGAGCUUUCUGCUUUUAUUGGGAGAGUCAAAGAAAGAGCCCAGGCUCGAAUUGAUAAAGCUAUGAAGGAGUAUGAAGAGGAGGAAAGAGCGAAAAGAUUGGGUCCUGGUGGUCUAGAUCCAGUAGAAGUUUUUGAAUCACUUCCUAAGAGUUUGCAGGAAUGCUUUGAAUCCAAGGAUAUUGCUAUGCUCCAAGAAACGAUGUCGUCAUUACCCGAAGAAGAAGCAAGAUAUCAUUUAAAACGAUGUAUAGACUCAGGGCUAUGGGUUCCUGGUCCAACUAGUGAAAAUGAAACAAACAAUGAAACAAGCGCUUGAAGUUUAAUGUUCAGAUUCAGUGUAUUUAAAUGUAACAACAUUAAAAAAAAAAAAACGUUUCUUAAUAUCAACAUU